AUUGAACCACCUGCCUAGCUGAAACUCCAUGCCUCGGCUGCUUAUUCUACACACUGGAAGUUAGAUAAUUAAAACCAGCUGCUCUGAGUUCCCGCAUUCUACAACUUGUAAAGGGACACGUGAUAGCAUCCUGUUUGCAGUCCAGCAAGCUUCAUAUUGCCGUGCUGCUGUUCAGAAAGAAUGGGACGAGGCUACAUCGUUGAGGAGAGUGUGGAAAAGUACCUGACUAACUUCUCAACAGCUUCGGGAUCAUGUGAGACUGGACUGUUCAUCGGUCAGUCUUCAACACAGAGGGACUUUGUGGUUCUGGCUGUGCCGACACCUCACCGAGAAAACGAGGGGAACGCGGAGGGCCGGAGACAGCUGACCUCCCUGGACAGUAUUGAUGUGGAGUGGGUUGCAGAGCAUGCCAGACAGGUGUCCCGGAUGUUACCGGGAGGCGUGAGCGUUCUCGGAUUGUUCCUCGUCGCCCCUCCUGAGACAUCGAAAGAGGCCCAGAACACGCUAAAAAGACUCGUCUUCGCUGUGGAUAAAUCCAUAUCUAAGAGCCGGCUGUGGGAUCUGAGUGAGGAUGACGUGACCGAGCGGGUCACGCUGCACAUCUGCUCCAAAACACGGAAAGCUGUCUGCAAAACGUUUGAUGUUAAAGAUCCAAAGUGCACAGCGAAACCUGCAGACUGGAAGUAUCAGAGCGGCGUCUCGUCCCUGUGGCCCGUCAUCACCUGCUCUGUGAAGCUGGACCUGCAGAUCCCGGUCACCUCGCAAAACCUGGACAUGUGCAUAAAGAAUGGACUGAGAAGCUGGGCGAAACAGAUGGACUCUGCUCUGUGUCUCAUAAACGGCAGACCAGUAUCAGACGAAUCCGAGCUUCUAUCAGGACCGAAAAAGACGCAGAAGACGAGCCAGCAGCAGACGCUCCGGGCACAGAUCCUCGUCUCAGUGGAGGAUCCAGAUGCAGAGCAGAGGUGCACCGCGGUGCUGCUGGAGUGCAGCGGAUCACUGAGCGUGAGAGGAACGGUUCACUGUAGAGCUUUCAUUCACACCAACAAACCCAAAAGCGGUCACGCCAAACAGGCCAUCAAGAGGGACGCCGUGAACACGGUGUGCAGCCGAGUGGAGAUGCUUCUGGAGGAUCUACAGAUGAACGACGGAGCAGGUCUGGGCUCUGGGCAGCAGGAUCUUCCCCGGCGAGUGUUCGCGCCCCUGUCCGGCCCCGGCCUGAGCGUGUGUGAUUACGUGUUUCCGGACGAGGGCGCCGCGGACGUGGCCGAGCGUCUGAAGGAGAUGCUGGGCUGCGAUUUCUCGGAGGGGGACGUGGACAUGAGCGUGGAGGCUCAGACCUCUUGCUCAGUAAUGGAAGAGGAGGAUGGUCAUGAUGAUGCAGCCAGUUACGACACAUCCUCUACUGAAGCGUCACCCAAACAGACGGUCACCCAGUACGCUGGUAUGGCGGCGGCAGCUGCAGUCGCUCUUCUGGCCACAGCUGCUUCUCUGCUCUAUCUGAAUGAAUAAACACCAGGACAUUCACACGGUUCUUUGUAUACAGAAUGAAAUGAUGAAUUGUUGACAUUUCGCUUGAGUUUUUGUUGAUUUUCUCCACUCGAAACCCACGCCGGCCAAGCAGGCUGCCGCGUUCCUCCUCGGACACGUGUGCGUGGGUUUGUACAGAGAACUUGUGUUGUUGGUACACUCCCAAAAAACUAAAGGGCGACACGGUGGCUAAGUGGGUAGCACUGUCACCUCACAGCAAGAAGGUCCUGGGUUGGAUCCCAAGGUGGGGCGGUCCGGGUCCUUUCUGUGUGGAGUUUGCAUGUUCUCCCCGUGUUCGCGUGGGUUUUCUCCGGGGGCUCCGGUUUCCUCCCACAGUCCAAAGACGUGCAAGUGAGGUGAAUUGGAGAUACUAAAUUGUCCAGGACUGUGUUUGAUAUAAACCUGUGUAAUGAGUAACUACCGUUCCUGUCAUGAAUGUAACCACAGUGUGAAACAUGAUGUUAAAAUCCUAAUAAACAAACAAAUAAACCCA